GAGGCUACUGCCUAGCUCCCUCUUCUUCUCUUUUAUAACUUCAUCCCGAUGUCUUCUGUCACUCUUAUCUUUACCUUUGUCUCACAUGAAAAGGUGGCUUGUUUUUGCUAAGUCAAGAACAUGUACAAGUGAUCAUUCCAUUCUGUCUUCUCUAGUAUGCCCUAACCAUCCCCACUCUAACUUUAACUUAUCUAACUUAUCUGUCUAUUGGCUGGUUCCUUACCUACCAGAAGCAUGAUUAUGUAUCUUCCUCAUCUUCACAAAUCCCUUAAUACGUCCAUUUCUGCUGUUUUCUUGAUACUCUAGAUUUUCAUGACACUCUGUUCUCCUAGUUCUUAUUUGACCACUUUUUUCUUAAUAUAAGGUAUUGAUUGUUUUCUAUGCUUUUUUAUAUUUGCAGCUUUAGUUUCUGAAAAAAAGAAUGAAAUGAACCAAAAUGAACCAAAAAAAUCUACCUACAAUUGGAAUUGAAUCUUAAAUCACAAAUAUUUGAGGGAUUAUGGGAUACACCUGAUGCCAGAAAUGCUGAAUCAUCAUGAAGAUAAAGCAGUGUUUUCCCAUUAUUGGUUAAUUGGUUCAUCUGUAGAAAAUUUGUUUAUCAUUUUUGAUAAUAUCAUUGUUUAUCAAUUGUGAUAAUAGCUUCAAAUAUACAUUGACAUUUAAUAGUAAAGUUUCUUGAAGAGUUAUCUCAAAUGACGUCAAUGGCCAGUUUGUUUUCUUUUACUAGCCCAGCUGUAAAACGAUUAUUGGGCUGGAAACAAGGUGAUGAAGAAGAAAAAUGGGCAGAAAAAGCAGUUGAUGCUUUGGUAAAAAAGUUAAAAAAGAAAAAGGGUGCAAUGGAAGAACUAGAAAAAGCACUGAGUAGCCCUGGACAGCCCAGCAAGUGUGUUACUAUUCCUAGAUCUUUAGAUGGAAGACUACAGGUUUCUCACAGAAAAGGCCUACCCCAUGUUAUUUACUGCCGAGUCUGGCGUUGGCCUGAUUUACAGAGUCAUCAUGAACUGAAGCCAUUGGAUAUUUGUGAAUUUCCCUUUGGGUCUAAACAAAAGGAAGUUUGUAUCAAUCCAUACCACUAUAAGAGAGUGGAAAGUCCAGUCUUACCUCCAGUAUUAGUGCCUCGACAUAGUGAAUUCAAUCCACAACACAGCCUUCUAGUUCAGUUCAGGAAUCUAAGCCACAAUGAACCACAUAUGCCACAGAAUGCUACAUUUCCAGAUUCUUUCCAGCAACCCAACAACACUCCUUUCCCCUUAUCACCAAACAGCCCUUAUCCUCCUUCUCCAGCUAGCAGCACAUACCCCAAUUCUCCUGCCAGUUCUGGACCAGGAAGUCCAUUUCAACUCCCAGCUGAUACUCCUCCUCCAGCUUAUAUGCCUCCUGAUGACCAGAUGGGUCAAGAUAAUUCUCAAUCUAUGGACACAAGCAAUAAUAUGAUUCCUCAAAUUAUGCCAAAUAUAUCUACUAGAGAUGUCCAACCUGUUGCUUAUGAAGAGCCUAAGCACUGGUGUUCAAUUGUUUAUUAUGAAUUAAACAAUCGAGUUGGAGAAGCUUUUCAUGCAUCUUCAACAAGUGUUCUAGUUGAUGGAUUUACAGAUCCUUCCAACAACAAAAGUAGAUUCUGUUUAGGUUUGUUGUCAAAUGUUAAUCGUAACUCAACAAUUGAAAAUACCAGGCGGCAUAUUGGAAAAGGGGUUCAUCUUUAUUAUGUUGGAGGGGAAGUCUAUGCUGAGUGCUUGAGUGACAGCAGCAUAUUUGUACAGAGUAGAAACUGCAACUUUCAUCAUGGCUUUCAUCCUACCACUGUCUGUAAGAUUCCUAGUGGCUGUAGCCUAAAGAUUUUUAACAAUCAAGAGUUUGCUCAGCUUUUGGCGCAGUCUGUCAACCAUGGAUUUGAGGCAGUCUAUGAACUCACCAAAAUGUGUACAAUUCGAAUGAGCUUUGUAAAGGGCUGGGGAGCUGAAUAUCACCGGCAGGAUGUUACCAGUACUCCAUGCUGGAUUGAAAUUCAUCUUCAUGGGCCUCUGCAAUGGCUGGAUAAAGUACUUACUCAAAUGGGCUCCCCUCUUAAUCCCAUAUCUUCUGUUUCGUAGUGCUGAAGUCUUAAACUUAAGUUACUAUAUUAGUGACCUUAUUUUAAUUUUAGAGAUACCUUCAGUAUGAAUACUGUGAGCUUACAUGGAAAACAGAUAUUUCAGCUUACUUUUUCUACCUACUUGUGACCAAUACAUUUGUAUUUUGUAAUGAAAGGACAUUUCUGUUUUUACUCAUGGUUGUGUUAUAAAAAAUAGUAGUUGAAGUCUUAGAAAUGGCCUGAAAGAUACAGAACAAGUAUUAUGACCCCUCAUAUAUAUAACGUAUAUCAGAUGAUUUUGCAUUCAUCUUGACCUGGAAAAUGCAUUUACUUCAGUGUCACACCAGUUUUUAAAUGAACAACAACAAAAAAAAAAUCUCAAAAGAGAGUGAGAAUUUCUUGGAGGGCAUGUUGUGUUUCUUUAAAAAAAAUUAUGAAAUGUGUAAUUUAAAGAAAUGCCACUUACUCUUCUAGCUUUCAGGUAGUCAGUAAUAAAGCAAAACUAUACUUUUAUAGAUUAAACAUCAUAAAAUUUACAUUUUUUUCCUCUAAAUAUUUGCCUUACACAAUAAUGUGACUUCAAUGUAUAUUUUGAAAUACACUUUAAAAAAUUAUUACAGACAAGUGGUAUCAGAUAUGUGACAAUAUUUUAAUUCUGUCAUGAACACUAUUUUGAUAGCGGGAUGACAGGUCACAGGUUCCACUUUGAUUAUGUUGCCUUUAGCCACCAUUGUAAGGAUUGUAAUUUAGUUAAGACUAACCUUUUUAUUUUGCACUUUUAUGGGUGAAUAUUUUUUAGUGUAGCCUUUGACAAAGUGCCCAAACAACUCAGAUGUAGUUAUUAAUUAUUAGCUUGUUACCCCUUUUUGUGUCUUAAUACAAAAACUUCAGUUUGUAAAUGGCAACUCAUACUUAAGUUGAAGAAGUUUUUUUGUCUAGUUUUUUUAUUUUUGAUCAGAAUUGUAAAGUUUUUGUUUAGCUUUAACUUCAGAUGCCUUUUCACUCACAUAGAUGGCAUUACUUUUUUUUAAUUUAGUAUUUCAUUUAUUCCCAAUUACAUGUAAAAACAAUUUUUAACAUUUAUUUUUAAAACUGAGUUCCAAAUUAUCUCCCUCCUUCCCAACCCUCUUCAUUGAGAAGACAACCAAUUUAACAUAAAUAUGUAGUCAAAGCAUUAAUGUUAAGUAUCUGAUUUCAUCCUUAAGAAUGAUUUAGGUCAGGUCUUUUCUCAGAAACAAACAUGUACUUUAAGGCAAGUAUUUCAUGACCCACAUAUAAGAAUAGAGAAUCUCCAGUGGUUUCUAAGUUUUUUAAAGAGGUUAUGCAUCAAAGAAUGCAAAUUGUACCUUUAGCAUUUGUGCAAUAGCUCAUCCUAAUUCACUACCUAGAUUAAUGGCAGUUAAAUACCUCAAAUAAAAUUUUUGAGGAUAGGGAUUAAAACUUUAAACCUUUGAGCUUCUUGUGAGCUGCUAUAAUUUUCAGGUUAAAAGAACAGUCACUUUUUCAAGAAUGGAAUAAUUGUGGAAGAAGGAAAGGAUCAUUUAAAAGAAAUUUAGUUACCUGUCCUCAGAAAUUUCAUUGUUGAAUAUCUUCAUAAGCAUAUAGAAUUGACAUUUUAUAAGUAGGGAGGAUACAGGUAUACUAUUACUUGAUUUUAGUGAUCUUAAGAAAUAGGCCUUUUUGAUGGAGAAUGUGAUUUCCUUUUGGCAUCUAUACCAAUAUUUGUUUUUUGUGAUUGCAACUAGUUUAAUUUGGUUAAAAUAAUUGUGUUUUAACACAAACUUUCAUAUUACCCUAGAGAUGAACCCAUGGUCAGAUAAAAGGAAUACCUAACAGUUAUACAAUGAAUAUAAACAUUAUUUGACAUCUGGAAUCCCGAGUUGUAUUAAAACCAGUAAAUGCAAUGUCUUUUGAUUCAACUUAGGAAAGAGUCCUGCCUUUUUUUUUUUUUCCAUUGAAUUCUCAGAAUCAAGUUGAGGAAACUUUGAUGGUGGAAAUCAAUAAAGCGUAGUUAAUAACCGAAGAGAGCUACUGGAGCAUUUUCAUGAUAAUGUAAAUGCAUUUACAUGAAAUGUAAAUAAUAAAAAUGCAGUUUUGAUGUUGAAUUAGGGAAGACAUUUAAUUUUGGUAGUUUGAAUAGAUAUUUAAACUGAUUAAAAGUUAAUCAGAUAGUAAUUUAACCUUUCACAAAGGUUAAAGAUUGCUGGAUGUUAUUAUACUUCUGAAUUUUAAUUUAGUUUACAUAUGGUCCUUGAAGCCCCUUUCUGCCACCCUCAAGAAAAGUUUUAAAUAGUUAUAUAGUUAACAAUCAUCAUAUGUGUAUAUGACAACCCAGGAUAUUAAAACUUUGAUUACUUGGCCAACUUGAAUUUCCUCUUUGGAGCUGAGAUACAGUGCUGUCUAUUAGGAGUUUGAGUAUUGUCACUAUAAUUAUCAGAAAAUUGAAUUUGGAGAAUCACAAUUUUAAAUUCAGAUAUGUUCCAUGAUAGAUGGGGGAAUGGUUUAUCUGUGUGAGACAGAAUUUUUGUUGGUAUUAUGGAAACUUUUUUUGAGUAUAAAUCUCCUGUUAAUGUAGAGAUUUUUCUUUUAGGCAUAUUUAGAUAGGGCUAUAAUCUUUUUAUCACCAGUUAAGAGAACUUUGAAAGAGUUUUAAAAUCUAAGGUAUUAUUUCUCUCAUCUUCAGAUACAACCCUGGGGCACAUUUGACCCUCUUGAUGUCACUACUCAUUACAUAUUUCUCUCUACUGCCAAAAGCUAAUAGCUUACUGGAAUUAUGUAAGUGAAUUGAACUGUUACUAAUAAGCCAACUAAUGAGGGAAUAAUAUCAUAAGCGAACUAUUAUGUUAGAAACACAACUUGACUUUUUCAUGGUAAAUGUAUAAAUUAAAGAAUAGAUCUUAGGAUCUGUCAGUAUAUAUAUUUUAUUACACUGUUCUAAAGCAAUGGUAAAAAAAAAAAAAAAAAGGUGCCUCACAAAGUAUUAGAAACAAAAAUGUGAAAAUAAUUUUAUCAGAGGUUAUUAAGGCACAUUUCUGUUAACAGUUACAAGUCCUUUUCUCAAAGCAAAAACAACCCUUCCCCCCUCAACCCCCUUCACCCCCCAACAACUGUGAUGUUUCCUGGGCCAAUCUGUAGGAGGAUGUGUAUAUUUUUCUCUCUGGGAGCCAACCUUACUGUUCCAUUAUUUUUUUUUUUUAGUAGCCCUAAAUAAAAACUUAACAAAGAAGUCGAGUCAGGCCUAUUUUCUCUGUUGCUCUAUGUACAAUAAGGCUGAAAAAUGGGAUUUUGGCAAGAAUGGCCAGUAUUAAGGUAUUUAUUUAGCUGUUCUGCACAAAAUUAAGGCUCAAGAUUUGAGCCCAGCUUAAUCCAAGUUGCAGUUUUUUGUAAUGAAAAUUGACCCUCAAAAUAUCUUAUAAAAGGUUAUCAUGUGAUACUUCAAUUACAGGAAUUUUGACAAAUGCAUUUAAUGUGAUAUAGUGUUCCUCCUGCCUUCUUCCAUACACUCUGCUCCUAUAACCUAACUGAAUUAUAAGUGGUAUUGUAUUUGGAGGGGUUUCUUGGGUGGAGAGGGGCAGUCUUCCUAUAUAGGAAGAAAUUCAACUGUAAAAAAGUCUUCCAAAUUUUAGUCGAGAUAAAAAGAAAAGCUUUAUAUUGUUAGUUUCAACAUAUCAUAAUAAGGCCCUAUUAUUAUUAUAUUAACACUUUGAGUGAUGAAAAGAUGAGAAAUAAUAGCAUGACAACAUAUUGAUAUCCCAAAAAGUUAGAAUUAUAUUGGCUUAGAAAACUGAACUCAUCCCAAAAAGUUAGAAUUAUAUUGGCUUAGAAAACUGAACUCAAUUGCGUUAAUAUUCUUAUCAGUGCUUCCUUAGGGUCAUGCUUAUGAUUUGGUCUAAUCAGUUAUUCUUAAAAGGCUGUUCUUUCUAAAAUACUGAAAAAUUUAAAAGUCAUCUCAAAUUUGCAACUUAUAUAGAUUUCUUAGCCUUAAUUACCAGUUUGUGAAGCAUCUGAUUUUGCUUUUUGUUUUUUCAAAGCAGGUUAUGGGCCAUUAUGAUAAUAAUACAAAAACAAUGGUGUUGAGUGAUUUUUAGCUCCAGACAGUAUAAUAUUGACAAGCAAGAUUAUAAAAAUCCAGACUGAACAAAAAACUAGUAUUUCACAUUAACCAUCUUUUAAAAGAAAAAAUGGCAUUAAGUUUUUCCUCUUUGCCCUUUAAGAUAAAUGUGCUUUGAUUUAAUCAUAACCUUUCUUAAUAGAGAACUCUUUAGUUUUAGCAACUAUAGUAACAAUUUUACAGAUAUGUUUUUAAAAAAACAUUUUCAGCAAAUGACAUUUUGAAAAUAACUAAUUGUUUUACUUUUUAAGUGAUUCGAAUACCAUCAUAAAGUUUAUUCAUGCCUAUGCUUUUCUAAAAAUAAAUUUGAUAAGCAAAUAAUAGACCAAAUUAUUUGAUUAUACUAUUGGUCUGCAUCUCAUUUGUAAUGCUAACAUUAUUAUGCUUUUAUUUACAUUAUUGGAAAUGAGAUUCUAUCAGCAAGUUUUAAUUUUCUUCUCUUUUUGGUAAUUUGUAAAAUGUAUUAGUUUUUAUUGCGCUCUACAAAUCCACAAUGCUUAUGAAUUUUUGCAUAUUGCUCAUAAAUAUUCUUUCAAUAAAUCUCAUUCUUUUCUUA